CAGUGCGCAUGCGCAGUGCGACUCGGGCAGGGGCGACAGUGACGCGACGCCAUUUUGAGGCUCCAGUUUCCAGUUAACAUAACAGCGAGCUGCGGCGGUGCGGAGGGACGGACGGUUAUUUCUUUUUUUUAUUUCAGUCUCGGAUACAGACAGCGUUGCUCUCACGCCGCUUAAAGAAGAAGAAAAAAGGGGGAAAAAAAACGGGUUGUCCGUUUUUCUUUGCUAUCAGAUUCGGAAGUAGUUCGGACUGACGGCUCGGCAUCACGAUGGCUACCCAGACUGAUCUGAUGGAGCUGGACAUGGCGAUGGAGCAGGACCGGAAAGCUGCAGUGAGCCACUGGCAGCAGCAGUCCUACCUGGACUCAGGUAUCCAUUCUGGAGCCACCACCACGGCACCCUCACUCUCUGGCAAGGGGAACCCAGAGGACGAGGAACUGGACAACCAGGUGCUGUAUGAGUGGGAGCAGGGCUUCAGUCAGCCCUUUACGCCGGAGCAUGUAGCAGAAAUGGACGGGCAAUACGCCAUGACUCGUGCCCAGCGUGUCCGUGCCGCCAUGUUUCCUGAGACCCUGGAUGAGGGCAUGCAGAUCCCCACCACCCAAUUUGAUUCCGCUAACCCCACCAACGUGCAGCGGCUGGCCGAGCCGUCCCAGAUGCUCAAACACGCUGUGGUCAACCUCAUCAACUAUCAGGAUGAUGCCGAACUUGCUACCAGGGCUAUUCCAGAGCUCACCAAGCUCCUCAAUGAUGAAGACCAGGUGGUGGUAAAUAAGGCGUCCGUCAUGGUGCAUCAGCUGUCGAAGAAGGAGGCGUCACGGCACGCCAUCAUGCGCUCCCCUCAGAUGGUGUCGGCCAUCGUGAGGACCAUGCAGAACACUGCCGAUGUGGAGACGGCACGCUGCACUGCCGGCACGCUGCACAAUCUCUCCCACCACCGGGAGGGCCUUCUCGCCAUCUUCAAAUCUGGUGGCAUCCCUGCUCUCGUCAAGAUGCUGGGAUCUCCAGUUGACAGCGUGCUGUUCUACGCCAUCACCACCCUACACAACCUCCUACUGCACCAGGAAGGAGCUAAAAUGGCCGUCCGUCUGGCCAGCGGCCUGCAGAAGAUGGUCGCCCUGCUGAACAAGACCAACGUUAAAUUCCUCGCCAUCACCACAGACUGCCUACAGAUCCUGGCCUACGGCAACCAGGAAAGCAAGUUGAUCAUCUUGGCUAGCGGAGGCCCUCAGGCUCUGGUGAACAUCAUGAGGACCUAUACGUACGAGAAGCUUCUGUGGACCACCAGCCGUGUGCUCAAAGUGCUGUCCGUUUGCUCCAGCAACAAACCCGCCAUUGUGGAGGCUGGAGGCAUGCAAGCUCUUGGACUUCAUCUGACUGACCCCAGUCAGCGUCUGGUACAGAACUGCCUCUGGACCCUCAGAAACUUGUCGGAUGCUGCCACGAAGCAGGAGGGUAUGGAAGGUUUGCUCGGCACCCUGGUCCAGCUGCUCGGCUCAGAUGACAUCAAUGUGGUGACGUGUGCCGCCGGCAUUCUGUCCAACCUCACGUGCAACAACUACAAGAACAAAAUGAUGGUGUGCCAGGUCGGCGGCAUCGAGUCACUUGUGCGUACCGUGCUUAGAGCUGGAGACCGUGAGGACAUCACAGAACCAGCCGUGUGCGCCCUCCGCCAUCUCACUUCCAGACACCAGGACGCCGAAAUGGCCCAGAAUGCUGUGCGUCUGCACUACGGUCUUCCAGUGGUGGUCAAACUGCUGCACCCACCCUCACACUGGCCGCUUAUUAAGGCCACAGUUGGUCUGAUCCGUAACCUGGCACUAUGUCCAGCCAAUCACGCACCUCUGCGCGAGCAGGGUGCCAUCCCCCGAUUAGUCCAGCUGCUCGUGAGGGCACACCAGGACACCCAGAGACGCACCUCCAUGGGAGGCACACAGCAACAAUUUGUGGAGGGAGUUCGAAUGGAGGAGAUAGUAGAGGGCUGUACUGGUGCACUCCACAUCCUGGCCAGAGAUGUGCACAACAGAAUUGUUAUCCGAGGACUCAACACCAUCCCUCUGUUUGUUCAGUUGCUGUACUCACCGAUCGAGAACAUCCAGCGUGUCGCAGCAGGCGUACUUUGCGAACUGGCACAGGACAAGGAAGCGGCCGAGGCCAUCGAAGCCGAGGGAGCGACGGCACCUCUCACUGAACUGCUGCACUCCAGGAACGAGGGAGUGGCUACGUAUGCGGCAGCUGUGCUGUUCCGCAUGUCUGAGGACAAACCUCAGGACUACAAGAAGCGCCUGUCUGUUGAGCUCACUAGCUCUCUCUUCAGAACAGAGCCCAUGGCCUGGAACGAGACUGGUGAUAUGGGUCUGGAUAUAGGAGCUCAGGGAGAGCCUGUUGGAUACAGAACAGACGAGCCAAGCUACCGCUCCUUCCACGCAGGCUACGCCCAGGACAGCCUGGGCAUGGAUGGCAUACUGGAACAUGAGCUCGCUGGUCACCAUCCCGGAGCAGAGUACCCAGUGGAGGGGCUUCCUGACCUCGGCCACAGCCACGACCUGAUGGACGGCCUUCCUCCCACAGACUCCAAUCAGCUGGCCUGGUUCGACACGGACCUCUAAACACAUUCUCACACACAGUCUGCAAGUAGAGAAGCUGUAUUGCGUGAAUGAAACUGGAUUGUGAUUUUUGCCUAAAGAGUCACCGAAGGGUUGCGGCGGGUGGGCGAGCAUAUCAGAAAGUGCCUGACACAAUGCGCACACACACACACACACACUGCAUACACACACAUACAUGUACAAACCUGUUGGAGAUUAGAGGGAGUUUUCUACGAGGAACAAGAGGAAGGGAUGCCAACCCCCCCUUUUUUUGUUGUUGUUAUUCUGGACCUUUUUUUUUCCACACUUGGCCAUGACGGAGGAAGGGAAGUCGAGAUUGGAUUUUGGAAGCGGGUGCUCUUUUAACAGCAAAGACAGAAGGUCUAAAGAUGGAACUGUAAACCUUUUUAUCUUUGUUUUUAUUUCAAUUUUCCUUUUAUUUUUAUUUUUUUAAGAUCAGUCUACGAUGCUGACCUCCUAGCUUGGUUUUGACUUCUAUUAUGUAUUCCAUUUUUUUUUUUUCAGCGGUAAUUUGUAUUUCCUUUUUGUCUUCUGUAGUGUUGUAGUGGACUUGCCUCAUGUCAGUUUCUCAAGCUUUCUCACAUAAACGGUGUCGAACACUAAUAAUCGGUUUCUAUGUAAUCUGACAAAGUGUAACGAUGUGUAGCUUUUUUUUUUUCUUUUUUUUUUAUACGAUCAGCUGUUGAGCAUUGGGAGAAAUAUAUGCAUUCUUAUUAAAGAAAAAAGUAUGCCUGGAGAGGCACUUUUCAGUGUCACACUUGUUCUAUAUAAGGUGUGGGGUGAAAACAUGGAGAUCAAGGGAGGAGAGGGGGGCACAGACUUGUCAGAUUAUUUUUGUUUUCCUUUCUUUUCUAUGCUAUCUUGAGGUAGUCUCUCUAUUGAAGCGACGUCGUUGUUUUCGUUUGCCUGUGCGGCUUCUUUUGGGAACAUGGAUAAUGACAUAGCUAAACAAUAAAAGACUUUUAUUCCA